GGGGCGCUGAGAUCACAGCGAGCCCGAGGAGCGCCUCUGGCACUGUAAUGGGAGUGAAGCGCCUCCUCUCCAUCCUUUUACGCCGAACCAGAACCAUUCAUCUCUCCCCUCCUUCGGGCUUCACAUCCGGGUCACUCACCAGUAUCUGUCGCUGGCGUCUGUGUUUUUAAUUCUCAUCCGUCGCCGUCGCCGCCGCCGCCGCGCUGUCCUGCAGCCCCGUGCCCGCCUGCGCUGCUCGCCGAGCGGACACUGCGCCUGGCGUGCGCCGGGGACGAUGGAGCCACGAGCGCCGUGAAGAAGCAGCGAAUAAGGCGGGGAUGAGACGGUAGGAGGAGGCUUCUGCACGGGCUAGCCCGCGGUGAAACACUCGCCCGAACCAUGUCUAAAAGCCUCAAGAAGAAAAACCACUGGACCAAUAAAGUCCACGAAGCGGUGAUCAGCCGCGGGAAGGACGGGGAGCUGGGGUUCGAGCUGAAGGGGGGCGCGGAGAACGGCCAGUUCCCUUACUUCGGCGAGGUGAAGCAGGGGAAAGGACUGAUCCAGAGCGGGAAACUGGCCCAGGAUGAGCUGCUGCUGGAGGUCAACGACAUGCCGGUGGCUGGACUCACCACCCGGGACGUGCUGGCCGUCAUCAAGCACUGCAAAGACCCGGUCCGCUUUAAAUGUGUCAAACAAGGGGGAGUGGUUGACAAGGACUUGCGGCACUACCUCAACCUGCGCUUCUCCAAGGGCUCAGUGGACCACGAUCACCAGCAGAUCAUCAGAGACAACCUCUACCUCCGCACCGUUCCCUGUACCACCAGGCCGCCUAAGGAGGGGGAGGUGCCGGGGGUGGACUACAACUUUGUGAGCGUGGAGCGUUUUAUGGAAUUGGAACAAAGUGGAGCUCUGCUAGAGAGUGGAACCUAUGAAGAUAACUUCUACGGUACACCUAAACCUCCAGCAGAGCCGUCCCCAGCAGCCCCUCCUCUGAAUGUGAGUGAGGCCCUGCUGCCCGGAGCCCGGCCCAGUGCCCAGGGCAAGAGGAAGAGGAACCAAUCAGUCAGCAACAUGGAGCAGCGAGCCAGCCUGGAGCCGCCCGAGGAGGAGGAGGAGGAGAGCCCCAUUGUCAACGGCAAUGGGGUGGCCAUCACGCCAGAGUCCAGUGAACAUGAGGACAAGAGCACUGACACCUCCGGGGAGGUUGCUGUUGAAGCAUCAAGCCAGGCUCCGGUCUCUGCUGAGAUCCUCACCGAAGGAGAAGAGGCCCCAAAAUCUCCUUCCAAAUCCCCCACCAAAGUUCCAGACACAGAUGAGGAGGAGCUGGGCCCUCUGCCUGAUAACUGGGAGAUGGCCUACACUGAGAAAGGAGAGGUCUACUUCAUAGAUCACAAUACUAAAACAACGUCGUGGUUGGAUCCGCGACUUGCAAAGAAAGCCAAGCCGCCAGAAGAAUGCAGAGAAGAUGAGCUGCCUUAUGGCUGGGAGAAGAUCGAUGACCCCAUCUACGGUAGCUACUAUGUGGAUCACAUCAAUCGAAGAACUCAGUUUGAAAAUCCAGUCCUGGAAGCUAAGAGGCGCUUGGAGCAGCAGCAGCAGAUGCAGAGCCAAGGACUCUCUGCUCUGCCGCUCCCAACUAUAUACAGAGAGAAACCGUUAUUUACGAGGGACCCAACCCAGCUGAAGGGCACCUUCCUGUCAACAGCCCUGCAGAAGAGCAAUAUGGGAUUUGGCUUCACCAUUAUAGGAGGUGACGAGCCUGACGAAUUCCUGCAAGUAAAGAGCGUGAUCCCAGACGGUCCCGCUGCUCAAGACGGAAAGAUGGACACGGGUGAUGUCAUUGUCUACAUUAAUGACAUCUGUGUGCUCGGCACCACACAUGCUGAUGUGGUCAAGCUGUUCCAGUCCAUACCAAUCGGUCAGAGUGUGACCCUAGUGCUCUGUCGAGGCUACCUGCUACCCUUUGACCCUGAAGACCCCAGCGGAGCAACAACCACCUCCCUGACACCCAUCGGCCUGGAGCAUCGGCCCCUAGUGGUAAACGGCCGCAGUAGCUACGACCCCUACCUGGAGUAUUUAUCAUUGAGUUCCCAGCUGCCUCCUCAAGCUCUGGCGCAGGUCGGAGCGUCUCACCCUGGAGACACACAUCUGGACGGCUCAUCCCUGCCGCCCACCACACCUGGUUCAGCAGCGGCACUUACACCUCACGAUGACAACGUGUCCAUGGUGUCCUCUGGAACCGCAGGGGUUGCUGGGGCAACGACGCAAGGAGCAGAGCUGCUGACAGUUACUAUGGUGAAAGGGUCAGAGGGAUUUGGGUUCACUAUCGCUGACAGUCCAACAGGACAGCGGGUUAAACAGGUGUUGGAGCCGGGCUCACAGGGCGCGUCUGGACUGAUAGAGGGAGACCUGAUCCUGGAGGUAAACCAGCAACCGGUAGCUGCCGCCGGCCACGGACGUGUGGUAGAGAUGCUAAAAGAGUGUCCUGUCGGAGCCGAGGCCACCCUCCUCAUACAGAGAGGAGGAACAGGCCACAUCUCUCCAUGGAAGACCUCCAAACAGUUACCAGAUCAGUGGGACCCACACGGCAGCCCUCAGGCAAACCUGGCUGGCCCAGUCUUGCCACCUGGCACCCCGUUCCCUAACCAGCCACAGCACCGCACGUCUGUACCCGAUUCCACUGAGGGUUUUGACCUCAACAGGCCCGACCCCUACGACCUUUACGAGAAGUCGAGGGCGAUCUACGAGAGCCGGCGUCCAGAGUACGAAGAGGUGGAGGUGCACCUGCUGAGGGAGAAGACCGGCUUUGGUUUCCGCAUCCUGGGGGGAGACGAGGCCGUGCAGGCUGUGAGUCCGGACGCCCGUGACAAGAUUGUUAUUGGCGCUAUAAUCGAGAACACCCCCGCGGAGCGUGAUGGGCGGCUUCAACCUGGGGAUGAGCAUUCUGUGGAUAAGAAUGGUGCUGGGAAACCGCACAAAUACGUAAUUGACUUGAUGCACGCGGCUGCCCGCAAUGGUCAAGUCAGCUUGACAGUGAGAAGAAGAGUGCAAAUGCCCGGUGAGCCAUGCCCUGUAAAUGGCCGCAGCCCUGGCUCAGUGUCCACGCAGCACAGCUCUCCACGGAGUGAUGCAGCCUCGGCUUCAGGUCCUGCGGUCGCCCCCGGCCCCACCGUCACAUCUCCUCAAGAGGGAUCCGCUCUACAAACCAGUGACGUCGUCAUUCACCGCAAGGCGAACGAAGGCUUCGGCUUCGUCAUCAUCAGCUCGUUGAACAGACCAGAGAACGCAGCCAUCAUCACUGUGCCCCAUAAAAUAGGACGAAUAAUCGAGGGCAGCCCUGCAGACCGCUGUGGGAAGCUGAAGGUGGGAGACCGGAUCUUGGCAGUAAACGGACAGUCAAUCAUCAGUAUGCCCCAUGCAGACAUUGUCAAGCUCAUUAAAGAUGCUGGGCUGACCGUCACACUGCACAUCAUACCAGAGGAGAGUACACACUCUGGGCCCAGCUCGGAGAAGCAGAGCCCUAUGACUCAGAAACAGCCUCACACCCAGCCCAGCCCUGUAGCUCAAACCAACCAAGGAGGUGCUCAACCUGGCCAAACAGCUCCUCAGCCCGGCCAGACGGUUAAUCAGACGGGGCAAGCUUCCGCUCAGCCCGGACAGACACCAGUGCAGACAAGCCAAACAGCGGCAGGAACUCCUGCACCACCAGCCUCCCAACCGGCACCGGGUGGGACCCAGCAGAGCCCAGGCACGCAACCCUCGGGCCUUCCUCCGCACCUCUACCUCCAUGAUGGCAGGUCAGAGGUGAAAGCCAGACAAGAUGUCAAACCAGACUUCCGCCAUCCUCCAUUCACCGACUACCGGCAGCCUCCAGUAGAUUACCGUCAUCCACCGGUAACUGAUUAUCGACAGCCUCCGACGCUGGACUACCGACACCCACCUGGUCUGCUGGACUUCAGACAGCACCCUGCAGCUCCACAGUUUCCUCUGGGGAUCCCUGCAGACUUCAGACCGCAGGACUUUGAUUACUUCACAGUGGAGCUGGAGAAAAGUGCAAAGGGUUUUGGUUUCAGUAUCCGUGGUGGACGGGAAUAUAAGAUGGACCUAUUUGUCCUCCGCCUUGCUGAAGAUGGUCCUGCCAUACGUAAUGGAAGAAUGAGGGUAGGGGAUCAGAUCAUAGAGAUUAAUGGGGACAGCACUCGGGACAUGACUCAUGCCCGUGCCAUUGAACUCAUCAAGGCAGGAGGCAGGCGGGUCAGGCUGCUGCUAAAACGAGGCACAGGACAGGUGCCAGAAUAUGACUGUGCCCCCUCCUGGGAUUCCCUUCCUGCAACCCACUCUGCCCUGCAGGAAGUGACCGUCGACCUGCAUCUGAAUCCAUCGCUCUCAUUCCAUCCACUCUCAGCCCCAGCCUCCCCUCAUCGCAUCCCUCUAGAGGCCGCAGUGUGCAUGGCAGACAAAGCUCCACAGCUGACAGACCACAGCUCCAGCAGAGGGGCAACAGGUGGCAGGUCCACCCAGCAGAAGUGCAUCAGGGGGCAGGGAAUCCCUCCGGUGUCUGGAGAGGUGGACUAUGGAUCAGGCGGCAGACAUCCUCUGGUUUUGCCUCCCAAAACUGUCCUGGGGAGAUCCACAGAAAUAAGAGAGAGGCAGAGAGAGACUUUCCCCUGCAGUGACAGAAAGGACCUGCACACACAGCCAAUGAGCACAGUUUGGCCUUGGGACCCAUACAUGAAUAUAAAUUUGAAUGGUGCUUCUCUCAGCAUUGGGGACCAUGCAGGACAUGUCAACCUCCAGCAGACUGUGUCCAGAGGUCUGCUAGGUAAAGAGGAUGAGGGGGCCAGGGGCCACACCGGGCUCUGCUGCUCCUCGAAAACCAUGGAAGAUCCAACCACAAGGAGUACAACUGCAUCUCCUGGACCCUGGAAUAUCCCUGGGCCUGAUAAACUUGCCUGGCAACCCCUGAGGUCAUGGACUUCCACAGUAAGCAGAUAG